CACGCCCCUACCCCUUUCCCCCUUUUCCCCGCGUCGGAGGGGGGGGCGUAAAGGCAACCGGGAUCAGCCAGGUGCCAGCAUGAGCCGGAGGGAGGGAAGUCUGGAAGACCCCCAGACUGACUCCUCAAUCUCAUCCCUUCCCCACUUGGAGGCCAAGAUCCAUCAGACACACAGCCUUGCCCGCCUCCUCACCAAAUAUGCUGAGCAGCUGCUCCAGGAAUAUGUGCAGCACCAGGGAGACCCCUUCGGGCUGCCCGGCUUCUCGCCCCCGCGGCUGCCGGUGGCCGGCCUGAGCGCCCCGGCCCCGGGCCACGCGGGCCUGCCCGCGCCCGAGCGCCUGCGGCUGGACGCGGCGGCGCUGGCCGCGCUGCCGCCGCUGCUCGAUGUGGUGCGCCGCCGCCAGGCCGAGCUGAACCCGCGCGCGCCGCGCCUGCUGCGGCGCCUGGAGGACGCGGCGCGCCAGGCCCGGGCCCUGGGCGCCGCCGUGGAGGCCGUGCUGGCUGCGCUGGGUGCCGAGACCCGCGGGCCCCGGCCCGAGCCCGCCGCCGCCGCCGCCGCCGCCGCCGCCGCCGGCGUCUUCCUGGCCAAAGUGCUGGGGCUCCGCGUGUGCGGCCUCUACCGCGACUGGGUGAGCCGCACCGAGGCCGACCUGGGCCAGCUGGUGCCCGGGUGCCCGGCCUGAGCUCGGGUCGCGGGGCUGCAGCUCGCCGUCACCUCUCUCCGGCCAUCUCUGUCGGCGUCUGUAUGUUCUCCUGUUCUCCGACUGUCUCCAUCUCCCUGUCUCUCUUGUCUCUAUUUGUUUUGGAUGUUCUCGGCUUUUUCUCUCUGCGGACUUUCUUAUCUCUGUAUGUGACUUCUCAUGUCCAUCAUUUUCUUGCUUUCUCCCUCUCUUUUCCAUCACUUGGGCCUGCCCCCGUCUCUCUUGGUCUCCCCGUUCACUCAUCCCUGGGGGCCUCUUUGUUUUCCUUUUUCCCCAUCUCUUGUCUCCUCUUGGCCUGCACAUGUCACACACAUGUGUGAGCAUGUGUACAUCUCAGCUUCAUCUCAAGGAGGGGACACCUUGCCACUCCUUCUCUCUGUCCUUUCCCGGCCAGGGAUGUGCCUGCUGGCCCUGUGGUGGGAGGGCUACUCCAGACAAAUUUCAGCCACCUUCCUCCAAGGUCACUUCACCUGCUGCCCUCCCCCUCCCCCAUCCCAUCCCUUAGGGCCCUGAUCCCCUCCCGCUUUGAUGUCCUAUGCCUGCACCUCCCCUCUCCCAAGCCAGGUCUGAGGAGAGAAAAAAAUCAACACCUUAAAAGAGUUUUAUUUCUGAGAAUAAAUUAAUUUUUUGUAAAUAAAAUGUUUAAAAAUAAAAAGAACACUAAAGUUAGCAGUAUAUAUAGUUGUUGAAAAUGGGGAGACACCUUUGAGGAGAAUAGGAUCCUUGGGGUACACCUGGCCCCCCAGACCAGGGGGAAAGUGUAAAUAGGAGAUUCAUGAGAGCCCCAGGCCAAGGAUGCCAUCUGUCAGCCCAGAACAGGAAGUAGAUGCAUCCCAAGCAGGAAACAGAUGUGACGUGAGUUCUUAGUUUUUCAAGAAUAGGACUUCCCUUGAUCAGGAAGUGACGCUCCUUAAGAUAGGAAGUUGGAACAGUGGCCACAGUCAGAGGGGUAGACGAGGGAAGGAAAUGAAUCCUGGCCAAGAAGGGAGGCCUGUCUCCUCGGAAAGCCCAUAUCUGCAUUCAGGAAGUGAGGUAGACAGAGACAAGACGGCAGCCCCUCAACCUCCCCAAAAUUUCAGCAAGGGGAAGGUCUCAGGGAGAGCCCAGGAAGAAGACCCACUGUCCUCUCCCUGUAGCGGGGGAAGUGAAGCCUCUUCAAAGAGGCACUUCUUCCCACCCAGAAAGUUGGCAAUGAGUACCACUGGAGUGGUCAUCCAUGAAGUGAUGUCCACAGAGUCUCCCACCCAGAUCUGGAAGGGAUACCAUGUGACCUAGGCAGGAAGGCCCGGGCAAUAGGGACCUGAGGCCUGAUUCCCAGCAAAUAUUCCCAAAUACAUGGCACACGAGCCCUGGCUGCUAGAUGAGAUGUGUCUCCUUUCUAGUCGAGAAGCAGAAAAGAGUCCAUUGUCAAAGGGGCAGUGUUGAAGCCUCUGACAGAAAGUCCCACCUCCUCUAUCCAGGAUAUUUGGCCUUGAGCAGAGCCAAGUCCCUCACAGCUCGGUCUGUCCAGUGGCCAUAUUCCCGGGUCACUACAUAGCCUCGACAUUUCCUCUCAAAGGCUGAGGCCCCAAAGGCGACAAGCCCAAGAGUAUCCUCUUCUGGGGGGAUGGGCAGGCCCAGGGCAGUCAUGAUGGCAACCAUGUUUCCCAGCAGGCCUUGGGCCCUGAGUCUUGCAGCCCCAAGCUGAGCCAGCAGGAUAGGGCUGGCAGGGUUCAGGUCACUCUGGUCGUCCCCCACUAGCUGGAGGUGCUGGGACAAGGCCUGGAAGGCCCCCUGGGCCCGGCCCAGCCGCUCUGCAUCAUCCAGGGCAUGCCAGGUCUUGAAGGAGACGGCGGCAGGAGGCAGGCUGCUGAGCUGGAGCUCAGGGGCUGAGAAGCCAGGGUCACUAAAGGGGCUGCCUUGGUACUGGAGCUGCAUGAGGGACAGAGACAGACAGGAGUGAGGGGACUAAAGGGGUGCCCUGGGGCUCCCCCUGAGCGCACAUCUGCCUUCUAUGAGACUGGCAUCUUCCCAGGGAGAGUUGCCAUUCAUUACCCCUCAGGGAGUUGGUGGGAUGUCCUAGCACAGAGCCUGGGCUCUAUCAGGUUCCAGUUUAGCUUCCUCCAUGUACAAAUUUGUACAUGUGCAACUUUGAAUCACAGCUUCAAUUCCCAUGUGGCAGUAUUAUCGUGAAGACAGUAAGAAGUAAUAUAUAUAAAGGACUUAGCACAGCACCUGAUGUACAAUAUGGGCACGAUAAGCCACCAUUAGUUACUAAUAGAUUGAUAUAUUAGUAUCAUGAAUGUUAUGCUUAUAUUAAUUAUUUAUUAUAAUGUUUUCAAUCUAAAUAUAUUAUUGACAAUGUAGUUCCAACCCUAUAUAUUUCUUUUUUAUUUACUGCAUUUAGUUUAUAUUUGUUAAUUUCAUUAUAAUCGUUAGUAAGUAAUAGUUAACAUUAUUAAAUUUAGUUGAGUGCCUUCUCCAUUAAAGUUCUCACCUCCAUGAACCUACAUCCCCCUUUCACAGGAAGAGAAACUGAGGUUCAGUGUGCCCAAACCCACCCAGGGAACAGUGAUGGGACCUUAAACUAGUUUUAGUAAUUUCACGUAGGUCUGGAAUAUAGUACAGUGGAAGAGCCACAAACUCCAGGGCCUCCAGAGGCCAGGCAGACCAUGCAUCUUGGGGAAGAAGGCAGGACUAAGAUGAAGGGUGGGCAGGCAGGCAGGAGUUUGGUCAACAGGGUUCCUGUGUCUGUUUUAAACAAGAUUCAAAAUUUGAACGAGCACUGCAUGACCCAAACAGAAAACAUCUGUGGGUCAGACCCAGCCAACAGGCUGCCAGCUUGAACUUCUAGACGGUUGGGGGGUGAGGAUUGGCAUUGAAUGCCACAGACCUGGUUUAAGAUCCUGGCACUGCCAGUUAUUAGCUGUGUGACCUCGGGCAAAUUAUUCACUCUCUUUAAGACUCAGUUUCCUUAUCUGUAAAAUAGAUUAUAAUUCCAUCUCUCAGAACUGUUUGAGGAGUCAGUAAGGUAAUGGGAAUAGAGUGCCCAGCAUGGCAUAAAGCUCAAAUAAGCACACAGCAAUAAUCACUUGACCCUGUAACGCCCUUCCCUCUAUGUGCUUCCUUUGAGUCUUGUAACAGUCCUGAGAGUUCAUAAAAGGCAGGAUCACCAUCCCAUUUAGCAGAUGAGGAAGCUGAGAUUGAAAGAAGGAAUGAGUUGCCCAAGGUCACCUGCCUUCAGUGACAGCAUUCGUGUAGAUGUGUCUCUAGUCCUGGUACCUUCAGACCCAUGGAGGAGACUUCUGGGGUUGCUCUGCUUCCCCUACCCAGGUCUGGGCCAAGAGGCAGUGUCCCUCUCCCCUCAUCCCCUGCUCAUGUCUAGUGUCACUCACGUAAGUCUGCAGCAGUGUUGAUGUAUUCUUCUGCAUGUAAAGGGCCAGGCUGUAGGCUUGACUGAUGGGCUCAGCUGGGGAGAUGGGGUCCCCAGGACUGAGGGGUGGCAGCAGCAUGGUCAGUAGGCAGAGAGGAGCUGGUAGAAGAAAUCAGAGCUCAGCAAUAAGUCCCCAACCCCGCCUGCUGAUUCGUUCAUUCUCCGUAACAACUCCUCAGAUGGGUACAGUCUUUGUGUAUCCAAGUGAGGGCAGAAUCGCCCUGUAAGGAGAUUAUUUCCAUCCCAGAACAUUCCCCUGAACUCCAGAGCCAUGUAUUCAACUUCCUGCUUGACAUUUUCCCUUAUAUAUUAACAAGCAUCUGAAACUCAAAAUACCCAAUAUUCAAUUCUAGAUUCUACCUCCAGCCCUCCUGCCCCCAAGUCUUCCCCAUCUCAGAUAAGAGCACUUUUAUUCUUCCUGUUGCUCAGGUCAAAACCGUAGGGUUGGGGCUGGCCCUGUGACUGAGUGGUUAAGUUCGCGCGCUCUGCUUCAGUGGCCCAGGGUUUCGCUGGUUCGGAUCCUGGGCGUGGACAUGGCGCCGCUCAUCAGACCGUGUUGAGGUGGCAUCCCACAUAGCACAACCAGAGGCUCUCACAACUAGAAUAUACAACUAUGUACUGGGGGGCUUAGGGGAGAAGAAGAAGAAGAAGGAAAAAAAGGGAUUGGCAGCAGAUGUUAGCUCAGGUGCCAAUCUUUAAAAAAAAACAAAAAAAACCAUGGGGUCCUCUUUGUUGCCUCAUUUUCUCUUGCUCUCCACAUUCAACCCCGCAAUAAAUCCUGUUGGCUCUGUCCUUAAAAGGUAGCCAGUCAGGUCUGUGUUUCUUGAUCUGGGUGCUCAUGACAAGGAUAUGUUCACUGUGUGAAAAUUCAUUGUAUGCUUAUGACUUCUGCACUUUUCUGUAUAUUUGUUAUUUUCAAUAAAAAGUUUGAAAAGAUGAAAA